AUGCCCUAUUUCAAGCGCAACGAGAACAUCUCCAUCUAUUACCUCGAUGAGGGCCCGCAAGAUGCACAAGCUGUGCUUCUCAUUCCCGGCAUCACCUGCGACCUCCACGAUUGGAACUGGCAGGUACCCUUCCUUCUCACGCAUGGCUUCCGCGUGAUUACUCCGGAUCCCAGGGGACAGGGACGUUCAUCCGCCCCGGCACCUACUCCGGACAUCAAUUCAUACCCUGGGCCGGACGCUGACUCCGCCGUCAUUGACUACUAUCCGCAGUCCGCUGCCUUGGACUUCAUCGCCCUUCUGCAGCACCUCGAUGUCUCCUCUGUCAUCGUCAUUGCUCAUUCUCUCGGCACGGCCGUGGCGUACCACUUCGCAACUGUGAGGCCGGAUUUGACGCGGGCAAUGGUAAUACUUGACCCGCUUCACUCGAUCCCAAGUGAAACAGUGAACAAGUAUCUCACCGAUCCUCUGCAAACUUUGCAGAACCUUGCCAUGCUCUUUGGGCCCGCUCUAUAUCCGCCUACGGUCCCUGCUUGGCACUUGACCUGGAUAGGCAGACGUCGUUUGGCCGGAGAUAUGAACGUCAUCUUGGCUCAGUCAUACGCAUGCCAAGUUGACCCAGAAGCAAUUGGGAGGCGAGAGGUCUCCGCGGCUCAACACGAUGGCAAGAUUAAGUGCCCACGGUUGACUAUGGGAAACAGCGAAUAUUGGGUCACAACGGAAAGAAGCUAUUUGUCUCCCAGUAGUGAGUUCGACGAGAUACAUCUCGUAGAGGGUAUCGGUCAUUGGUUUCACCAGCUCAAGAGUGAGGAGGUCAAUGGGUAUAUCCAACGCUGGUUUGAAAAGAUUGGGCUGAUUCCAGUGAAGGGAGACAACGAAAAUGUUGAGGCCUAG